UACCCUACAAGAGAGCGCAAAAGCUCCUGCUGUGGAACUUUUGAGGUUGAGCACCCUAAGAGGUGCCAAAACCGCCUUACCUUACCCCUACAAGGUACGACGAGCACGCACGUCCUUUUUAUAUGGGAGUCCCCCAGGGGGGUUGUUUUCGUUUCAUCGACUAUUUUAUGUCUGCCUAUUUAUGUCUGCCUGUACAUGCAUAGAGAGUUCUGGAAUAAAUUGGUCACCUUAAGUUCAGUUAAUGACCGUUUAAAUUCAGUUGACUAAUUCUCGGGACGUUUCCCUCUACUAGCAUCUAUCAUUAGAUUAUCAUCUCUUGCUUCUAUAAACCGGAAAGCGUUGAAUGCAUGGUACGUUCUCGACAGGAGAUGUUCGUUACAGCGUUAGCCUGAGGGUUUCAGUUGCACCUUCUAGAAACUGAGAGAUUUCAAUUUAUUUGGCUCAAAGAGUUCAUGGACCCGUUGCUAACUUCAAUAACAUACUUUUUACUUUAAACCAUUUUCCAUGGUAUUCAAAAUGAAAUAAGUUCCAAUACAGUGAUGGUGUCUCAGUGGAGCUAGCAGUUCUAAACGAGCCAAGAAAAAGGGCAUUAAUAACUGAGAAAACAAGUUUCGAUCCUCUUCAAUGAGAACGCCGGGAGCAGACUGGUAUCCACAUCCUGUUGACAAGGUUUUUCGGUUACCAGCUCUCAAUGAUACAGAACAAGAUAUUCCAAAAUUAAGCAGCGCUGGAAACCUAAGGGGAAAGAAUUGUCUUGUGUCCGUUUGAAUCUAACAAGAAAAAAAAAACGUUACUAAAUAAUUUUUCCACACAAUUUUUCCUUCGAGAUGCAAGUUUUACUUCCGAACCAGAUGUUUACCACAUAACUAGCAGGGAAUCUAUUGUUCUCCAAUAAUGCUUUCUAACUAACUCAGCAAGAUGACUUAAAAAUAAAGGUGGGUUCGGAAUGCUCGGAAAAUGAUUUGCUUGUCGUAAUUGUUCCAAUGUAUCUUUGAAAUCAUGCCUCAACUCUACAAUAAAAAAACUAUUUCACAGCAGUUUUAAUGAGUAUCAUAUUAUUAAUUGAGACUUUCAACAUAACAAUAUCCUUGGCUUGGGUUUACUGAGGCGAAUCACAUGAAACAGCCUCACGAUCUAUAGACUAUUACUGAAUAAUGACAAUAAUUUUUAGUUUCAUUUAUGCGUACUUGGUUCCAAACAAUCGUAAAUUAAUGUUUCAAAGUUCGGUAGCAAAUAGGACUCCCAAAGAGCUUUAAAAUGCCAAGGAACACAGGAAUAUUUUAGUUUACCUGUUCCAAGUCAUCGUGGAGUACACAAUUCGGUUUCCUUCAUACAAGAAACCCGUCAAAUUACACUGACAAAAAUUUUCUUUACAUUCGUUCGGUAUUCGAAGCAACAAUGAGUAGCAGUACACUGAUAGAGGUUUUUGGUCAUAUCGCGUUCAGUUUUACACGAGGAGUGACAGAGCACUACAACCCACAAGAACCUGAAUACACAGCAGAGUCUUUUGGCUACGAUCCUCUACAAAGCACAGGUCGAGAAUGGUAUUAUGCUCCUGUUGAUGAGCUCAUUUAUCAAGAAUACAGCGACAAAGACGCCACAAGCUUGGACUAUCUAGCGUCUAACCACCCAGAUAUAAGGGUUAUAAAUGCGUGUACGCCAGAGGAGAACGAAGAAACAGAGGAAGAUCAACAAGAUGAAGAUAGAGCAAUGGCUUGGAAGCGACUCAGACCAUCUGCUCUCCGCACAGUUUGUAAAUCCAUGUACAUUGGAGCUAUGAUUUCUUUACUAACUGCUACAAUCAUCGGCUCAGUAUGCAUUUUCAUCUCUUAUGUUUGUUAUAAAACUAUAAACAGAUGCGAAUUUUACCCAAAGGAGACCAUUCCAGUGAAAGUGCAGUGGUUGAGAUCGAUUUCUGAUGCCAUCUGUGUUGCUUUUCUGUAUGGAUCGGAAUUGUUGGUUUUUCGAUUUCUUUUUCGCUCAUAUCAGUUAAAUGGGGUGAAGAGACAACUGAUCUUAGUUAUUUGCCUUGCAUAUGGUUUAGACGCAUCUUAUCGCAUGCUCCUACAAGCGCUAGGAGUGUCUCAUUCCAAACUUUCGACAGUGCAAAAGAUUCCACUUUUCGUUUUCAGUACUCUAAGUUCAUGCCGGCAAUUUUAUCUUCUAACAAAACACUUUUUCGAGCGCUGCUCAAGGAGACAGCAGGCGUUGUUUUUCUUUCAAACGUUAAUUCUCGUGUUUUCUGUUGUAAUUAUUGUCAUUCCUGAAGCCGAAAUAAUUUACCCAGCCUAUAACAAACAAGACAAGGAUGGUAAACUUCUAAUCGCACUUUUCUCUCCUCUCAUUGGAGUCCUUCUCAAAGUAAUCUCACGAAUUUGUGUACAGCGGUCAUGGAACAUUACCCAUCCGGGAUAUUCGCAUACCUUGUUAGCACCUUUGUGGUGCAUGUCAGCGGUUAUGUUCCGAGUGUUGCAAGCAGAUCUUGACAGUUUGCAAUCCAUCGUCAUUCUUGGAAUAAUUCACGGCGCUACAGAAGUCAUAGAACGAAGCACCAUGGUUGUGAUUGAUCACAUUUGUCAUGUGAUUUGGAAAAGAACAUCAGCUCCUUGGGGAAGUUUUCGUACUCCUCGCCGUGAGAGACUGAUGGCUGAUAUCGCUAUCAUGAGCAUGUUGUUUGAAUCAACUGCUAUAGUGUCUGUGAACGGCUUUCUGUACUUGUAUCACUUUAUUUACUUACAAAACGAUUCCCUUUUAAAGUUGCUGCAGUCGUUUGCUAUCACAACCUCGGUUCAACUGGUAAUUGAGUGGUUUUUCACCAGCGUCUCUCUAGCGAUCGAGACUCACUAUCAGAAUAUGGCUGUCAUGGCUGUUUGGCGAAGAAGAUGGAAAAGGCACAUUUUAUUGGCAACCAUUGUUGCCGCAAUAGUAACAUCAUGGACCAGUACAUUCCUUUCAUUAAUUGCUCAUGGGCGCUUUAACGAAUCUUUGAGCCAGCCUUGUAAAAUGCCGUUUAGCUAAAGACGCUACGCAAGAGAGCUACCACAUCGUGAAACCUUUAGCCAAAGGAGAUAGUUUACUUGAGAAAAACUGAUUUAAAAUGUACUAUUAUCUAGGGGCCUGUCUGUUUACAAGAAGAGAGGGUUACCCUAGCACUCGCACAUUUCCUGUUUUAUUUCUUCGUCGUAUUUACAAGGCUGCUAGGGUUACCCGGAUAGGAGGGUUACCAUAUCUGCGUGCGGGAGUUGCCCUGGCAGGUAGGUUAACUUUUUCCCUUGUAAACACUCCAGGUAGGGUUAACCCGCCUACCCGGGUUAACUUUCUAAUUG